AAACAACCCGCCUUAUCUAUCAGUGCUGGUUCCAAUCCACGUUGCCGUGAAAAUUUCGCGAGGAAGAACUGGACCGCAGCCCAGUUGUGCUUGUGACUUGAAUGCGAGGGGAAAUACGUGUCGCCAAUGCGUGAAGGAUUGAUGGUGCUGAACGAUGAUGUAGCCGUGGGUCCAAUGCUGAGGAAGCGAUAGAGAUAGAGAGGAAAAAAGCUCGCGUGGAAGGGAGUAUUAAACAAAACGUUGGGAGUGAAAAAAGAACAGAGUGAAAGACAUUCGGCGCGAUAAGGAACGCCGGACGCGGGACGAAGCCUAAGAAGAAGCUGCUCAACAUAUAAUAUACGUGAAGCAUCGGACAAGGGUGAAAUAGCUGCGGCGGCUGCCCGAUGUGCGUUGGAAAAGCGUCAGAAGAGGACGCGAGUAUGGUGUCUCGGAUACGACCGAUAAAGGUCACCGCGGUUGGUGACGGCAUGGUCGGUAAGACCUGCAUGCUCAUCACUUACACGUCCAAGAAGUUCCCCACCGAAUACGUUCCCACAGUGUUUGACAACUAUGCAGACAACAUAUGUGUAGAUGGACAGGAGUUCAAUAUGGUGCUUUGGGACACAGCCGGUCAAGAGGAUUACGAAAGGCUUAGACCUUUGUCGUACCCGAACACAGACUGUUUUCUCCUCUGCUUUUCAAUAAGUGCGCGCAGUUCGUACGAAAAUGUUGCCAGCAAAUGGUAUCCGGAGAUCAAGCACCACUGUCCAAACGUGCCAAUUGUCCUUGUCGGCACCAAGGGUGACCUGAGGAAUAAGGAGGACACGGAUGUAAUAACACCGGCAGAUUGCAAGAAGAUGAAGAAAAGAAUCAAGGCCUACAAAUAUGUCGAAUGUUCGGCAAUAAAGUCAGAGGGACUGGAAGAGGUAUUUGUAGAGGGUAUUAGAUCCGUGCUGAAAAAACCGUCACCACGAAGGCUGUGCGGCAUUCUUUGA